UCUGUCUGUCUGUCUGUCUCUCUGUGCUCCUGCGGGCUUUGACACGUCAUUCGCGGCCUUGAAUUUGCUGGUCUGGUGUUCAUCUCUGCGUAUGGGUGACGGCUUUUCGAGGUCGCCGUCCUCUGCCACAAACAUGGUCGAUGGAUUGCAGCAUCCGUCGGCGAUUCAGAAAAUUCACGGGCAGUCUCACCUAGUAUCUCUGCUUUCGCGCGCCACCCACGCGAGAAAUUAUGGACCUCGCAAUUUCGCAGGCACUUGUGGCAAUGGAGCGUCCGGGAGUCCUCUGUCUCCAGUAUUCCGGGGGGGCAGUGGUCUGGCACUGCUGUCGCCUCGCUCUCCAAUAUUUGUUCAAGCUCCAGCUGAAAAACGAGCGUCCACAUUCUUAGAGGAUUUCCUUAUGGGGGCGGUUUCCGCAUCUGUUUCCAAGACGGCAGCUGCUCCAAUCGAACGCGUCAAGCUGUUGAUCCAAAAUCAAGACGAAAUGCUCAAGUCCGGUAGGCUGUCUGAACCAUACAAGGGGAUUACCGACUGUUUUGCGAGGGUUAUCAAAGAAGAAGGUGGGAUUGCUUUGUGGAGAGGCAACACUGUCAAUGUCCUCAGAUACUUCCCGACUCAGGCCCUGAACUUCGCAUUCAGAGAUCGCUUCAAGAGGAUGUUCAACUUCAAGCAAGAAAGGGAUGGCUACUGGAAGUGGUUCGCCGGCAACAUGGCAUCUGGUGGAGCCGCUGGCGCCACGUCUCUUCUCUUUGUGUACUCCCUGGAUUAUGCUCGGACCCGUCUUGCUAGUGAUGCUAAGGUCGCCAAGACAGGCGGUGAGAGGCAGUUCAAUGGCUUGAUCGAUGUCUACAAGAAGACGCUCAAGUCUGAUGGCAUCGCUGGUCUUUACCGUGGAUUCGCCGUUUCGUGGGUCGGGAUCACAGUCUACCGUGGGCUUUACUUUGGUUUGUAUGAUUCUCUCAAGCCGGUGGUUUUGGUCGGUAAAUUGCAGGAUAGUUUCGUAGCGAGUUUCUUGCUUGGCUGGGCAGUCACAAUCGGUGCUUCAAUGGCAUCUUACCCGUUCGAUACGGUGCGGAGGAGGAUGAUGAUGACGUCAGGAGAGGCCGUCAAGUACCGGAACACCAUCGACGCUUUUCAACAGAUCAUCAAGAAGGAAGGCGGGAAGUCGCUUUUCAAAGGUGCUGGUGCGAACAUCCUCCGUGCCGUUGCCGGCGCGGGCGUCCUCUCGGGCUAUGACAAGCUGCAGCUCCUCCUAUUCGGCAAGAAAUACGGGUCCGGCGGCGGCGGUUGACAUCGAAAAGCUCUGCACGAUGGAUGACGACGAGAAAACAUUCACCUAGUUAUCCCCAUGGGCCAUUGUUGUGUGUUGGAAUAAAUUCAGGAUUGAUGGAAUUGCCUUUGAUUAGACAGAUGGGUUUCUGAUACCCAUCACCACAGUUAUAUAAAUGA